AUGUCUUCAGACGAAGAUGAUUAUAUGUCAAAUAAAUAUUUAAAAGUUGGAACUUCACACAAAGGUUUACCGAAGUGUAAGCACGUUCAAAGACAGCACGAGAUGUUCAAGAAGAAACUCAAAUUUAAACUUACCAAAAAAGAGGUCAAAGAAGCUGCCGAUAGGGAAGCAGGUUUGAAUAGUGCGAUUUCGCAGAAGAACAAGGGUUUCAUUAUGCUUGCUAAAAUGGGAUACAAGCCAGGAAAAAGUCUCGGUGCUCGCAAUUCAGGAAUUACCGAACCUAUUAAUAUUGUCAUAAAAUCCAAUUAUUUUGGUACACAAACUGCUUGUGAACAUUUCGACAGAAAUGGAAAUCUCAGUAAACCAAUUGUUGAUUUCUAUUGGUCGAAGAAGGAAAUGGACAAAAAUUGUGGUAGUGAUGAAGAUGACAAUUUGGAAUUGAUUGAAAAUGUUAUUAGUGAAGAAAAUCUAAUUCAACUGAAUGAAUAUUUGCGUUUAGAAUACUUUUACUGUAUUUACUGUGCAGAAAAAGGAGAUGAUCUUGAGGAUUUAAAAUCUUUUUGUCCUGGAAAUAGUGUCGAGGAUCAUAUUCUUGAUUAUUAA